AUGGUAACCUCACCAUCUGUCGAAACUUCAACAAAAAACCAUCAAUCUCAUCCAUCGGUAGAUGCAACUCAAAACAUUCGAUCGCUCAAUAACAGGUUCAUUAUCAUGGCUGUUGUAGACGAAGAAGCAAACAUAUCCAAACCCUCAAUCCGGUCCGGAGACCAGGGCCAAGAGUCAGAUGGCCCUCCCCAGAACGCUCUCAUGGCGACUCUCUCCCGCACCCGAAGCCGGACCAACACCAUACUCGAAAAGGUCUCCCUCCGUGAACGCAUUCACCAUUUCACUUUUGCAUGGUACACCCUCACCAUGUCAACGGGCGGCAUAGCCCUCCUUCUCGCCGAAACGCCCCACCGUUUCCGCGGUCUCGACACAAUAGGCCUGAUCGUCUUUCUCCUCGACAUCGUACUCAUCUUCCUCAUCACCCUUACUCUCUGCCUUCGAUUCUCCUUCUUCCGCAAGGCCCCAGCAAAAGCCAUCACCCACCCCUCCGAGUCUCUCUUUAUCCCCACCUUUUUUCUGUCUCUCGCUGCUGCUCUCUCCAACAUCCAACAUUACGGUGUCCCAAAAUGCGGGCCGUGGCUUAUAGUCGCGCUACGCGUGUGCUUCUGGGUCUACCUGGUUGUCACGUUCUUUGUCUCCGUGGGGAUGUAUCACCUCCUCUUUACCGGUCGCCGUCGGUUAUCGCUGAAUAACAUGACCCCCGUCUGGAUCCUUCCCAUAUUCCCCGUAAUGCUGACGGGCACUCUCGCCGGUUCCAUGUGUCGCUCACAACCGCCAGACCAAGCUUUCGCCAUGCUCGGCGCUGGCCUCGCCGCUCAGGGUCUCGGAUUUCUUGUGUCCACCUUCAUGUACGCAACCUACCUCUCUCGUCUCAUGACAAUCGGCCUACCCGUCCAAAGACCGGGAAUGUUCAUCGCUGUCGGCCCACCAAGCUUCACGGCCGCCGCACUGGUUUCAAUGGCCGCCGACGUGCCGCGUCUCAUCGCUUCGGAAGGCUCUCUCGUCUCGGAAUCCUUGCGCACGGCAGCAUACCUCACCGAAAUGGAGAACCCAGGGACCGUGGCAUUUGCGGUCCGCGCAGUCGCCCUCUUCACCGCUGUCUUCCUCUGGGGCCUGUCCUUCUGGUUCUUCUGCUCUGCAUGCCUGUCGACUUUGUUCGGCAUGCCAGACCACUCGUUCCAUCUCAGCUGGUGGAGUUUCGUCUUCCCGAACGUCGGCUUCACCAUCGCCACCAUCCGCAUAGGCGAGGCGUUCGGAAGUGAGGGUUUAAUGUGGCUGGCUACGGUUUUUACUGUUCUUCUCGUUGCCGUCUGGCUGUUCGUCGGCUUUUGCUGCGUGAGAGCUGUCAUUCGGAGGAAGCUUGUCUGGCCUGGCCGCGACGAGGACAGUGACUAA